GUCGGGGAGAAUGAUCAACUUCUGGCGGUCGAGGACGGGCAUGGAGCGGGUGCUGUUGGUCGUGACGGCGGUUCUGGGCGUCACGCUGUUCGGGUUCAUCAUCGGCGUCGCGUCGCUGAACAAGACGAUCCACCGAGACGAACAGACCAUCGGCCGCUUGAGCCAAGAGCUGGCGGACUGCGAGGCACAUCUUAGCACCACCACGACCAGUCCUAUCACCACCGCAACCUCAAAUAUCACCACGGCAUCCAGCACUAACGUCACAAAAUCAAGCACUGCCACCUCAGCGCCCAGCACUGUCUCCACAGCACACAGCACUGGUACCACAGAGUCUAGCACUGCCACCACAAAAUCUAGCACUUCCACCUUAGUGCACAGUACUACCACCACAGCAGCCAGCAUUGCCACCACAGGCUCAAGCACUGACACCACGAGCUCUCCCAACACCAGCUCUCCCACGUCAGGGGCCUCAACCUCAGGGAUGACAACAAUAGUGCCUUCUACUAGUCCAACGGCGACUACAUCAACAGCUACUCCAGCAAGUUCUUCCCCGACAAGUGAUGCUACAAAUUCUACUGUUGGAAUGGUACUUGGAACUACUAACUCUCCUGUAACUUCUUAGACAGUAAGACACACACAUACACACACAUUUGUGUGUGUGUGUGUGUGUGCUGUGUAUGUGUGUGUGUAGGCGUGUGUGUGUGUAGGUGUGUGUGUGUGUGCGUGUGUGUGUGAGAGUGUG